AUGACAUCCCCAGCCCAAACCAUUCUCUUCCUCACAAAUCCCGAGCACGGGCAAUCAAAUGUGAUACUCGCAGUAGCACAAGAAUUCCUCCGGCGUGGAGAACACGAAGUACACAUAGCCUCCUUCAAACCAUUAGCGGCACGUGUGCAAGCAAUAACUGACCAAGCCGAUCACGACCAACUUGCACACUUCCAUACAAUUGCAGGUGCAUCCAUGAGUGAGCUCGUCGCUCGCAGUACCCCUGAUAUAUGCCACAAGCCCGGGCUUGCAGGCUCAAUCGAUGGCUGUAAGAAGAUCAAUGUAUCUGUUCUUGCCUGGACACCUGAAGAGUAUCUGCAAUCAUACAGGAGUUGCCUAGAGAUUUUGAAAGCCGUCCAACCGGCCGUGGUUGUUGUUGAUCCGCUCUUACAUCUCGGUCUGGAUGCUGCGCGCAGUUUGCAGAUGAAAAUUGUUAUUCUCUGGCCUGUUCCAUUGAAAGAUGUGGUUAUAAUGAUCCAACCCAAGCUGGGUAUCCUAUGGAAAUAUCCACUCACGGGAUCAGGCUACCCCUUUCCACUGCCUUGGCGCCUAAUCCUCCCAACAAUCUACAUGGUCUUCUGUUUUGGUCUAAUAGUCCGCUGCGGUAAACCAAUGCGCAAACUCUUAGCAUGCCGCAAAAAAGCAAGAAUAAUAACACCCUUUCCACAUCUGUUCCCCUAUUGCGACGACCACCUCCACUUAUCCCCGUGUUUCCCAACAAUGGACUUUCCAUUCCACGUCCCAAAAAACGUAAUAAGCUGCGGGCCAAUACUCCGACCCCAUACAUCACUCGCAUCAGACGACCCCUCCUUAAACGCCUGGCUAGCAGAGCCAACCAUCCUAAUCUGUCUUGGGUCGCACGUCCAAGCACCGGAAAACGACGCAAUGCAAAUGGUCCAGGCUAUCCAAAUGGUCUUAAGUAAACAUCCCGACAUCCACGUCCUCUGGAAACUAAGAUAUGACUGGGAAAGUUCACCACGCGUCAAAGCUAUCCUCAGCCCAAUGGUCUUAUCCGAUAAAGUACGAGUCGUCUCAUGGAUCCAGCCGGAAAUUAUAUCACUCCUUGAAAACGGACAUAUAGUGACUUACGUGCACCACGGCGGGGCAAAUUCUUAUUUUGAGGCUUGCAAAGGGGGCAUUCCACAGGUUGUCUUGCCGCAAUGGUUCGAUACAUAUGAUUGUCCGUCGCGAGUGGAAUGGCUGGGUAUUGGCGUGCAUGGGAGUCGUCAUGCAGCGCCGAAAAUUGAGGCUUCGGAGCUUUCUUCGGCUUUGUUGAGAGUUCUGAAGGAUAAGGGGAUUCAGUCACGGGCUAGGGCUAUUGGCGAUCUUUGUCGGACCACUGUUGGGAGAAUUGUUGCUCAUAAUCAGAUUGUACAGUAUUUCAGAAAGGAUGUGUGA